AGUGGAAGCGGAAUCCGUACCAUCUCCGCCUCCUCUCCUCUCCUUCCCGGGCAGCUCCUUCCUCCGGCUCGGGCACAAGGGGCAUUUCCCUCUUCCCCGCGACAGCACGCCUCGACCGUCGUUGGGAUGAAGAGGCAGAGACAUUCACCUCUGUUGGAGGGGUGUUGCCUCCUGCUUCCCUCUCUAUGGCUGCUGCUCAUUAUCCAUCCACCCACGGGCCAGGGUUGUCCUGCAAGCAUCCUCAAGACAGUCGAUCGCCGCCCCCUCCUCUCUUCGCGUCCCUCUCCUUCCCCCGACGACAAGGGAGGCCCCUCUCCGACUCGAUCAGCCCUGCAGCGGGUCCGCGUCCGGCAUUCCCGAUUCCUGCUUCCUCCCCUCUUCCCCCCCCCUUCGGUCUUUGCCGGGCAUCUCCGGCAAUUGUGGCGGCGGUUCACGCACAUUUUCCACAAGGAGAUUGAGGCUUUGACGGAGGCUGACCCCAGGGAAGAGAAUAUUCUGGAACUCAUACGGACUUUGCCGGAGGCAGUCUCGGAGGGCCACCAUGAAACUGUACAUUCCUUGAAACGAGGCUGGGCGGCCCUCCAGCACAAGGCGCUGGAGGGCCUGUUGGUUGGGUGGGGGGGA